GAACGUUUCUAAUACGAUCUGCAACGGGGAUGCACAUGGACCUUCUCCGCAGGCAGGAAUUGACAAAUACAGUUCUGUGUUGAUGGAUUUCGCCAAAUUGCAUUGUAAUAUGAAAUGUAAUUUAAAUUUUAUAUUGCUCCUUUGGAGGUGAGCCAGGUUGCAGUGACAUGGCAAUAUUUUUUGAAUGGCACCGGACAGCUAUGGACCAAAAGAGCAGGAGUGGUUUGCCAAUGACUGGUGAAGACACUGGUUUGGGGGCUUUGGCCUCACCACUGGCGGGGUAUUUGGGAAAAGUUCAGGAAAGAGCUGCUUCGCUGGAGUAUUGUCCCUGGUGUACAUCAAAGGGCUUGACUUAUGCUCUGCGCUCUUACCGCAUCAACCUGCAAGAGUCCAUCACCCUCUGCACAAACCCACAGUGCCUUUUCCCUCUGGUCAGCCGGUCCUUGGAGGAUGUUUUGGCCAGCUUGCAUCCUGUGGAACCCACUAUUGGGAAAAAACGAAAGAAUGCCGUGGCACUGGAAAGGGAAGAGUCGAUUAAACCUGCACACAAACAUCUGCGAUUAAGUGAACUUGAUUGUCUUGGCCCACAAAGUAUUUCUGACACACAUAGCAGCCAAGCAGAGCAUGUUGCUGCAAAUAUUGUCAGUCAUGGCCAACAUGCAGCACCCAAGACAGAUGGUGAAAAGGUAAAUGGAUACCACAGGGAUUCUCCAGUUGCAGAGAAAACAGGAUGGGAUUCAUCACAAGAUGAGCAUGCUGUACUGGACAAUGAACCAAACCAUGCUGCAUGUGUGGAUGGAUUUGUCCCUCCUACAUGCUCAGUCUCAGCUGGACAUCUGCACUGCUCAUCAGAUGCCCUGUCGACAGCUGAUGGAGUUGUGUCUGCAUGCUCUCCUCCCUGCGGUGCUCUUGGUAUAUCAGAGGUAGAGGAUGACUUCAGGCAGGUGAAAAGUCCUCCUGAAGCACUGAACAGAAGCUGCAGUCGGGGCUCCAGUCAGUCCUUUUCCCCAGAUGAGAGCAUUCGUUCAACUGAAAUCGAUACUCGAUCGCCUCAGCACAACGAGCAAAUAGCAAGGACGGGACAGAAAUCACUGGCUGCAGAUGUCACCAUAUGUAAGGACAGACAAGGCAUUAAAUCAGAAACCGAGGAUUUGUCCUCUACAGCAAUAACAGAGUCGGAGGUGCUUGUACCUGUUCCGAAUCGGCUUUUCUGGAGGAACAGCAAAAACCUGUGCUGGCUGGACUCACUACUUGUUGCUUUGGUAAACUGUAAAAACUUGAGGAAGUGUCAACCUAAAGAUGAGCAUCAGCAGAGGUCCAUCUGGCGGCUGAUGAAAGCAUAUGAAGACAUUUGUGCUGCCAUCCAAGUCCAUCAACAGCCUGGCAGAGAUGGCGUUGUGAGGGUGCCAAAUUGUGUGCUGCAAAAGGCCAAUGCUGACCUACAGAGUCUCAGGAUGUCAGUCUUCAAACUACUGCAGCCCAAGCUGCAUUGCAAACUUGGCCAGAGGGAAACUCCGGUGUUUGCCUUGCCGCUUCUGCUUACCAUGGACUCCUGUGUGGAGCCUCUCUUCCAGUCGACCUUUAACUGGGAGUUCAAGUGCAACGAAUGCAAAAGUGCCUCACAAGAAAGGGUUACGAAGACUCUUCCCACCUCCACAAAUAUCUCUCCUGACUGGCAUCCACUUCACGCAGUUCACUCGGCGCCGUGCAAUGUGUGCCGCAAGAAGAAUCAGACGAGGACUAUGGUGCUGGAGAGAGUGCCUCCAGUGUUUGUGAUGCACUUUGUGGAGGGGCUUCCUGAUAAUGAUGUCAGAAUCUACACCUUCACCUUCGAGGGGAAACGCUACUCUGUCACCACUGUCAUACAGUACAAGCAGGAACUGAGGCACUUUGUCACCUGGAUUUGUAAUUGUGACGGAACAUGGCUGGAAUAUGACGACUUGAAGUAUCCUGACUGUGAGACCCAUCAACAGCUUCCGAUCCCAGCAGAGGAGAUCCAUGUUGUCUUUUGGGAGGAGGAGGAGGAGGGUAAAGAGCCUCCAGCCUGCUCUCCAUCCAGCACUUUCGCAGAAUCUCGCCCAUCUAAAAAGGAGAUGAUCUCCAAUCCAGGUGACAAAGCCUUGAUAGUGGAUGCGCUGCCGGCUCCCACUCUGGAUCACUCUCUCCUCGCCUCUCACAAUGACAGCGACAUCGUGAGUGCACUCUCUACAGCCGAAGACCACAGCAACAUCAGGGACACGACAGUCACAGCCGACUUUGAUACGUCGAUAGGUUCCACAACGCUGCUCGAUGCAUUCGAGGGCCUCUCCCAUAAUGACAUCGUUACGCUUACUCUGGUGGAAUUAAAACCAGAUUCAGAAAUGCAACCUGGAAACAACAAUGAACAAAUUCAGGAUCUGAGUGUUCCCAGUGGGAAUGAAAUGCUUGACUCUACACCGGAUAGCUCCUCUGCAGUAAUAGGUAGUGAAAUGCCUCCCAGUCCUGUUAUUGAGCUGCCCACCACUUCCAACGCAUCUGAACCCGAGGAUUGCUCACCUAGUGAACUUAAACCUGUGCCUGCUGCAAGGGGAGGAAGAGGACGAGGGAGAGGGAGAGGAAUUGGCAGAAGCCAAACCAGACAGAUGAGUAAGAAAGCAGCCUCGUCCAAAGCUGUUCCACCAAUUUCACCAGCUGCCUCUUCGGAGCCCUCCAAAGUAAUCAGUAACACACCUGCGAGUGCCAUUGCUUCUCCAGAUAAUGCACCACCUGUUGAAAGUGCACAGCAAGCCUCCCCCGUGUCCUCUACCGAUACGUCGCCCUUGUCCACCAGUCAAAAAAGUCCCACAAUGCUGCCAACAGUGCAUCAGAAUAGCUGCUGGUCCUUCCUGCUCAGUAAACACCCACUACACCAAGUUCAAAAGCCGAUUGAUAAACGCGCCCCCACCCCGGCCAUGCAAGUAAAACCCAAUCCUCCCACUCACUCUACCCCCAACCCUGUGAGGAGACAGCAGGUUCCUGCAGGACUCUUCCCUAAACCUCAGCUAAAGACAGAGGAGAGUGAGGGUCUCCCGCCAAAAGCUGCAGAAAUGUACAAUGCAUUUGGCGCCAAGAGUUCAAGCAUCUCGAGUCAGCCGCUCCAGUCCAAUGCACUCCUCAGUGCCAAAUCAAAGCUGUGUCCACCCAUAACUUCCAACCACCAGAAGUUACUAAUGAACACCACAGUGCCGUCCGGUACAUCACUUCCUGUGCCGGGAGCAAAGGGGCUGCUUGAAAUAUCCUCCUCAAAGAGGCGCAGCAGCCAGUCCUCGAAGGUUCCUCCAGGUCUCAGCGACACUGAGGCCCUCAGGUACAAGCUGAUAAAGAAGCUGAAGGCAAAGAAGAAGAAGCUCGCUAAGCUGAAUGAAAUGUUGAGUCAUCAGGGAGGAGCCAGCCUCCAACCGGACACCACUUACCUGGGCUCUCCCAACACUGUCACCUCCAGUACCUAUGAUGGCUCCAUCUGCGACGACUUCCUCUCAGACCUGCUCUCACCGGCAACCACAGCCAGCAACCUCUCACCGGACAGCACGGGCUUCCUCGAGAUGCUCACUAACGGGCAAGAUGGAGUGAACCAGUUGGAGUGCGGGCUCAGCGCGGCCGGUGCAGCGCCACAGUUGAACACUUGUAUGAACGAGCCCAACACCGACAACUUCCUCGACAACUUCCUCUCGCAGGCUGUGGCUCAGAGGCCGACUGAGAUGGAGACAGAGGCACUAAGCGCACUUGAACUUUUCGUCUAAGCUGUGGGGGCUAAUGACAUUAGCCUUGGCUUGGUAUCAUGAAAAAAAUAUGCAAAAUGCACCUGUUUACACCUCAUCAAUCACUCAGAAGUGUUGGUCCUCAGCCUAUUGCACAUAAAGAUGCAAGUUGUGAAAGUGGUGAAAUCCCUGGGUGUAUUAACUGGAUGUUGCUUUUCUUUUACGUGUGCGUGUAUGUGAAGUAAUGCAGACAGCAUGUUGUACCAUGCAUAACAUUUGUAAGCCGCUUCUUGAACUUUUUUCUGCGAGUUUGGUAUUGUGUUAAGUCUGACUACUUACUUUGAAGUUUAAAUAUUGUAUGUCACUGGGUUGUAUGAAGCUAGCAUAUUGACAGUCAGAGCUGUUUGUUUGCUCUGUUUCGUUGUUACUUGAAAAUUCUCAUUUUUUUGCGUCAUUUAAUAAAUACUGUAAAUGACUCUUGUGUUUGUUGUGCAAAAUGUUGGAAUUAUUCUAGAAUUUAAGAAAAUGUUUGUGCAGUUUUGCUAAAAUAAUGUUCGAAGGGGAAUAACAAGUUUCAUUUUAUAAAAUAUUGAAGUCCCUGUAAAUGUUUUUACUCAUUCCAGUACCCAAUCAUUUGUGUGUCACAAUUAGUAAUUAGAUACCAAUUAAAGAAAAGUUAAGGUGGCCUGAGACUGUAGCUUACUUUUUAGCUCAAGAGCAAAACUGUGCCGAUUAUGACAUGUUGUAGCAUAAAGAUGAAUAGAAAAAUUAAUUGAAUUUGCAGUC